AUGUCAUUUUCAACGUACACAACGCCUAGCGGGUUUCUCCUACCAUCCAUCCAUUCUGCGCCCCCGUUCUUCACACAGCAACUGAACGAGUCUACGCAAGCUAUUCUUACGGAGCAAUGGAUACGCCUUAUACUAGCAUAUGCACGGCAUCGGCGGUUGUUCGUGCUGAGGAUUGAAGAUGCAGAAACGAGAGGAGGGGAUUGGGACGAAGUGUUCCGAAACGACAGGAUUAACAGGAGACUUCUUCCAUCACACUUGGAUUUCAUCAUGUCGUCCAUGGUCAGCAAGGAUCUGGCCUCUUCCGACCCUCCGAAGCAGAGUCGCUCUGUUAUUUUACAUUGGAGAUUACCAGAAGAAUGGGCCGAUGUACUUCAUGAAUGGGCAACAAGCACGGGCCAGCUCAAUACCAUCAUGACGUUUUACGAAAUAACAGAACCACCGAUAGAGUCGCCCCUCUCCGGAAUCCCCAUACCUCUUCUGCGAAAAGCAAUUGCGAUGUUAUCGAAGACUGGAAGAGCGCAGAUCAUCUCUAUCGCUGAUGGAGAGGGCGUGCGGUUCUUCUCGGGUAGUGGAAAGUGA